AUGGAAGAACCCUCCAUAUCACGAUUGAUAAUCGAUCGAGAAACAGAAUGGCUGAGGGUGAAAGAUAACGUCAGUUCGGCGAUGAUGAAGGUCAUGGAGACUAGGUUGGCUACGAUGCCCGGAGGGAAAGAUGGGGAGGCUGCAAAAGUCAUGCGAAAGCAGCUGGAAAGUAGGUUGAAAAGGAUACAAGAACAGAUGUUUGACUUGAGCAAAUACAACUUACAAGUGAAUGGGCAGAAUUAUGAGAACUACGUGGAAGCUACCGAAGGAUUCGACGAAUCCCUUGAUAGACAUAUAUGGGCCCUCCAGGUGGAAAGGACAGAUUGGGAGAGUAAGACAGCGGAGAAACGUAAGAGAUGGCCGGAAAUGUUCUACAGUGUGGAAGAGGAUCUGGAAAUGAGGAGGACCGACGUGGAAUGGCUACCUGAUGAGAAUGAUGGGAAGGAAGAGAACAAACCUCAACUUCAAAAUUUACCUCCUCCAGAACGGCAUGAAGAAGUGAAAGAGACUUUCAAAGUGGUUGUCGACAAUUUAGCUGAAGUGGCCCAAUCUGCGCCAAUACAGCUACAACGUGCGCAGAGAGCGCAAACUGUAAGAGACGAGAUAUCAAGUCUUCCGCCAUAA